UAGUGCCGGCGGCCGACACUAGAGGCUUUUUCUGCUGCUAGGUCCUUGUGUUGUUUUGGUUAGCUGAUGUUAACCCAUGCUUUCUGCUGUAGCCGGCGGUAACGGUGAUGGCUCUCCUAUGAGGCGGGGGAGCUAGACGGUGUUUUCUGACUGAACACCGACUAAGUGCCGUGGCCAUGGCCGGGGUUUUCGACAUCGAUUUGGAUCAACCGGAUGAGAAUGUCUCUGACGACGAACUUGAGGACGGGGGCCAGUUCAGUGAAAACAUGGACCAGUGCAGUGGCUAUGAUUUUAACAUGGAUGACUGUGAGAAGUUUGAAAUUUCAGAGAACAGCGUGAACAAAGGAGCAGAGCAGAUCAGGCCUGAAUGCUUUGAGCUGCUGAAGGUUUUGGGAAAAGGUGGCUAUGGAAAGGUGUUUCAAGUCCGGAAGGUAUCCGGUGCCACCUCUGGGAAGAUAUUUGCUAUGAAAGUUUUGAAGAAGGCCAUGAUUGUGCGUAAUGCAAAGGACACGGCGCACACCAAAGCUGAGAGGAACAUCUUGGAGGAGGUGAAGCAUCCUUUCAUUGUGGAUCUCAUCUAUGCCUUCCAGACCGGGGGAAAGUUGUACCUCAUCCUGGAGUAUCUGAGCGGUGGGGAACUGUUUAUGCAACUGGAAAGAGAGGGCAUCUUCAUGGAAGACACAGCAUGUUUCUACCUGGCCGAGAUCUCGAUGGCACUGGGUCACCUGCACCAAAAAGGCAUCAUCUAUAGGGACCUGAAGCCUGAGAACAUCAUGCUGAACAACAACGGACAUGUGAAGUUGACAGACUUCGGCCUAUGCAAAGAGUCCAUCCAUGACGGAACGGUCACCCACACCUUCUGUGGCACUAUCGAAUAUAUGGCUCCAGAGAUCCUAAUGAGGAGUGGACACAACCGAGCAGUGGACUGGUGGAGUUUGGGAGCUCUCAUGUACGACAUGCUGACAGGAGCACCUCCAUUUACUGGUGAAAACCGAAAGAAGACAAUUGACAAAAUCUUGAAAUGCAAACUCAGCCUUCCACCUUACCUCACACAAGAAGCCAGGGACCUCCUGAAAAAGCUGCUGAAACGAAAUGCCUCAUUGCGUUUGGGGGCCGGACCAGGAGAUGCCACUGAGGUCCAGGCCCACCCAUUCUUCCGGCAUAUAAAUUGGGACGACCUCCUCGCUGGCAAAGUAGAGCCUCCGUUCAAACCUUCCCUGCAAUCGGCUGAUGACGCCAGCCAGUUCGACUCCAAGUUCACCAGCCAGACGCCGGUGGACAGCCCCGACGACUCCACGCUCAGCGAAAGCGCCAAUCAAGUCUUCCUGGGUUUCACAUAUGUAGCCCCAUCUGUGCUCGAAAACGUCAAAGAGAAGUUCUCGUUCGAGCCAAAGGUCCGCUCACCACGGAAGUUCCCCGGUAGCCCAAGAACACCUGUGAGUCCACUAAAGUUUGUAGGAGGGGACUGCUGGCCCCGGGGACCCAUGCUGACUGGCAGCCCUUCCCUGCAACCCAUGGAGGUAUCGACAGUGGAGCAAAUGGACACAAGCAGUAGUGGCAACUCUGAAGCCUCUGCGCCACUUCCCAUCAGGCACCCCUCAGGCAUUAAUGCUGGGCCCUACAAAAAGCAGGCCUACCCCAUGAACUCCAAGCGGCCCGAACAUCUACGAAUGAACCUAUGACGCCCGGCUCGCACACGAACAUUAGGAAUCUCCCUCCCUCUCUUCCCUGUUUAUUGUUUUCUUUCAGAGAGACUUGUAGGAUUAUUUUUUAAAAUUGAAUUGACGCCGUCAAUGCCGAUCACCAGCUCUUUCAGCAGCACCUUCCCUUUUCUUGGCCUCCCAAAUCCUCCUGACUCCGCCUGACUUCCUCAGCCUGAUGCAGAUAAUCAGCGGUUUAAGUACAGUAAAUAUGUGGUGUGGCGUGAGAGAGGUGCUUUUCAAUGAAAACAGACUUGCUUGUCGGCUCUGUAAUGCCAGCUGAUGAGUGAGCUGAGGUGGUUUUGGUGUACUCAACUGGCAUUAUCAUACGAUUUACUGGUGCUCUUUUAUCCUCAAGUCUGGACCGGUUGUUCCAUCACAGUGGGAGAAUAUGUAACAAAGGGAAUUUAUUUCUCCCUCAAUAAGGCAGGCAUUUUUUUUUUUGUUUAUUUAAUGAUCAUCUUGCGAUAAGACCUUGCAAGUUACACUGUCAGUAGGUAGAAUUAUCGGAUAACAUUUCCACAAUGAACACAGUAUUCCUUCAUGUUUGAGGAAACAUUCACAUUGCCUUUGUUACUGGAGCAUGGGCUACGGAAAAGCAGCUAUAAAAAGAGAAGUGAAAUUUCAGCUGAAAGCAUCACUUCCACCACAAUCAAUACCAAAUGCUGGCACUGCUUUACUAGUCCGACUGGAAUGCUUUCUGUAGGAAGCCUGUCCAGAAGCACUGUUCAGUUCCUUUUGUGUUGAAUGUAAACAGACUCUAAAUGCCUUUUUUGUGUGUGUCACUGUCCUGCGCGUAGCUCCGAUGACCCCUGCAGCAUUAUUUUUAACUCAUCUAUUCAUGCCGCCUCAUUGCCACCGUCAUAACAAACACGUUGACUCAAAAUAAGCUCAGCCAAAAAUGACAUGACUGCCGUUUAUUGAUUCAGGCAGCGUUCAUGUGUUAUGUGCUUGGGUGCUUUGCAUAUGCUGUAUGUGCAUUUACAGUAACAGGGCUCUUAGUGGUAGGAAUUUAAACCAAGACUUAUUUGGGUGGACCAUCUGCUAACUCUGUUUGAACUGAGAUGUAUAACCUCUUUGUGUGAUGUGAAGCUGCUAUAUGAGCCUCUGGAGCCGAGCCAUCCGAAACUUCUCACCGUGAAACUGACCACGCCGUCGGACGCGGAUUCCCAUGAUGCCAACAGAAAAUUGAAUGAAUGAAACUGAGCUUAGGUUUGAAUGGCUUCCCGUUGUUUUGGGUUUCUUUUUAUCCAAAUACUUGUGUGUUUAGCAAAUUGACCAAAAGUACUGUUUUAAUGAACCAAAUGAUUUUUGCAGGUUAACUGCUGCUGUUGCUGGUUUUUUACUACAGGGUUCAUCCGUCAAAUAUGUUUUGUUCGUAACGUCGUAUUUGAUCACACUGACCACAUUGUUGCUUGCAUUUUUAAUGAUUAACAAGGACCAUGUCGGGCUGAGCUGAUGGAUUUUGGGUUUUGUUUUUUCAGUAACUUAACUUUUACUCACUUACUUUCUUUUUUUGAUUUGUUACAAUAUUAAUUUCAAGUGCCAUUGUGUUUUCACUCCAUUGUUCACACUAUGCAAACUAUUUAUUAUGUGGUAAUAUUUAGAUAAGGCAGCAGAAUGUGUGAUAAUUUCUUUUGGCAUUCCUGACAGACACUUAUUUGUCAUAAUAAUAAUAAGCAUGUACAAUAUGAUUUUAUUUCUGCAGAAUGUGUUACAGCAACCUCGGAUGCAGUUUUCUUUUCUUUUUUUUUUUCUUUUUUCCAAAAUUGAGGACAGUGACCAAAUGGUCUAUCAGUAUUUAUUGUGGGGCAGAGUAUCCUAUUCAAGGUUGAUUUUUCAGAUGACAUUUUGAUAUCUUAGACUUUACUUGAAUUUCAGUUUGUAUUUUUUGCAGUGCUAAAAGCAAGGGCAGUUAUUGGGGGGGACAGAUGCAAAAACCAAUGGAUUGGCAUUGUGCCUUUGUUGACAGAGUACAGUUUCUAUGUACAGUAUACUGUUUAUUGUUAAUGUGUGCUGGGAUUAAUCUGUAAGAUUCUGUUCCUGUUACAUCUCUCAAGGGCAUUGAAAAACAUUACUGGUCUUGCUUUGUCACCCCUAGAUCUGCCCUUCAGAUGGGGAAUGUUUAUAUGUAUCAUGUACAUAAUGAAGUCAAAAUAAACUAGAAUUACCAGCCAAAGGU